CCGGUUUUCAGAGAUACAACACCAUUGCACUGGAUUCACACCGGUUAGUCGUUACUUUAGCCAGCCUACAUGUCAAGCAUCAUUCAAAGGGCUAUUACUCGUGCAAACAUCGCCACUAGUUUGUGAUGGACUUUACAGAGGAAGGAGAAAUGGAGACAAGCGAUAAAGAACAAGCCUGGGGUAGGGAGGACCUGAUAACGCUCCUGCAUGGUAUCAAAGAAAACAUUCCCAAAGGUGACAUGAGUAUUUACACUAAAGGGGAGAGGACACUGGAGUGGGACAAGGUGGCUUUUGGUCCCUACUCUCCACAGAUGUGUCAUCAGAAGUGGAAGGACCUAUCAAAAAAGGUGCGCAAGAUUCGUUCUCUAGCAGAGCUGGUCACUGAAGCUGAGGUUGCCUGUGAAAACCCUUUCCAGGGCAAGAACUGGAAGAUACACCCUGACUUCCCAAAGAGACCUGCCCCGCCAAGCAGCAUCUUCAUCAGAGAAAACUUUAAAAAGUUUGCGAAGCAGCAGCCUGAAAUUACAACUUCUGAGCUUUUAAAGUUAAUCAAUGAGAAGUAUAAUGAGCUCCCAGAGCACGAGAAGGCAAGUUAUAUUGCGAAAUUCCAGAAGGAGAAGGAAAUGUAUGAGAAAAGCAUGAAGAAGUUGAGGAAAGAGUACCCUGGGGGGAAGAAGGUACGGAGAGACUAUUUAAAGAACAUAAAAGGGCCCCUCACACCCCACGGGCUCUGGUACCGCAACGAGAGGAGGAUAUUCCUUCUAGCCAACCCAGAUGCCAAAGGAGGCUGUAUCAGGCAGAGUAUUGAGCAGAAGCAGCGCUGGUCCGAGCUACCUGACGAGGAGAAACUCAAGUGGAUCAAUCUCUCUCUGGAGCAACGGAGACAGUAUGAGGAGGAGGAGAUGGAGGAGCACCCAGAGAAUAACGGGAGUCGGAGGGCCAAGCAUAAGCCGCUUCUGCGCAAGAGUGAGAGACUGUUGAAGGACUUGGCAGACGGCAAGCCUGACAAACCCCCAUCGAAGGGUUACAACCUUUUCUGUAAGGAACAGAAAGCCACCAUACUGGGAGAGGGAGUCCCUAACAACCAGUAUUUUGUGGUUUGCUCCCAGCGCUGGAAAACAAUGACAACGCGUAAAAAGGAAGCCUACCAGAGACGCUGUGACAAGACUGUGACAGAUAAGGAACAGCAGCGCAUUCUGUUGGGGAAAAGGAAAAGUAUGUUUCAAGGCGAGCCCAAGAAACCACCUGAGUGGGGUCACACAGUAUUUUACAGCGAGAAGAUGGCGGAGCUGAGAGCCAAGUCGAGCCACCUCAGCUCCAGGAAGUGCAUGGCCAGGGUCAGCCCACUGUGGAGGAAGCUGGCCCAGAAGGAAAAGGAGCACUACCAGAGAAUAGCCCAGGAGAGGGCUAGGGAGUACCAAGUAGAGCUACGCAGCUGGUUUAAUACCAUGUCCCCAAAGGAACAGGCAAAGUACUUGGAUCAAAAUCCAAAUAAAUUGAAAAUCCUCGACAACCCAAAGCAGGGAAGGAUGGCAAAGAAGGGCAGAACAUCAGAUUCAGAGGAUGACGACCUGGAGGGCGACAUCGACACAUCCAGUGAUGAAGAUGACUCGGAUGAGGAUGCCGAACAUAUGACGGAAAAGGAGAAUUGGUCAGGGUGCUCCAGUAUUAGCUCCAGUUCCGAAGAGGACUCCGAUAUGGAAUGAUACACACUGUCCAUAACCUAAUGACUGAAUUAAUGUCAUUGACACUUGUCCCAAUAAACUCAGGUGUUUAUUUUGAGCCUUGGACUUUUUUUUAUUUAUUUUUUUACUUUUUUUUAACUAGGCAAGUCAGUUAAGAACAUAUUCUUAUUUUCAAUGAUGGCCUAGGAACAGUGGGUUAACUGCCUUGUUCAGGGCAGAACCACUAGGCUACCUGCCGCCCUGUUCAGAUGGCGUGAGGAAAUGCAUCCUUCAUUCCUCCCUUCCUUGAAGAAAUCACAGAUCUGAAAUAAGCAGAUUUUUUUUAUUUUUAAGAGGACUGAUUCAGAAUGAUGCACACUGCCCAUAACCUAAUGUCACUGUGCUUGCUUGUUGGAUAUACCAUUAGUCUUCGAUCACUGAAUUCCAAUGGGACUACCUCAAUCUCCCUUUCUUCGGGAGGAGAGACUCUAAGGUAUUCAUGUCAAUGAUUCUAGUUUUGUUGACUCUUCAGGAUAAAAUGGUAAUGAGUUGAAAUGUUUCUGCUGUUUUAUGAUUUUUGAUUAGGGGACUCAAUCUGCCUAGACAGUUUUAUUGCUUGGCCAUUGAGUAACAGUGGCAUAACAUUCAGUAUCUUGUAUCAAUGUUCACUGUUAUUAAAAACAAUCUGAAUUUUCCUGUGUGGUA